AUGCCUGGAGGUGCAACAUCAAGUGCAAAAGGAGCCACCACCGGAGAUCCCCCCGCCAACAGUCCGCCCGCCAACAGUCCGCCCGCCAACAGUCCGCCCGCCAACAGUCCGCCCGCCAACAGUCCGCCCGCCAACAGUCCGCCCGCCAACAGUCCGCCCGCCAACAGUCCGCCCGCCAACAGUCCGCCCGCCAACAGUCCGCCCGCCAACAGUCCGCCCGCCAACAGUCCGCCCGCCAACAGUCCGCCCGCCAACAGUCCGCCCGCCAACAGUCCGCCCGCCAACAGUCCCCCCGCCAACAGUCCCCCCGCCAACAGUCCCCCCGCCAACAGUCCCCCCGCCAACAGUCCCCCCGCCAACAGUCCCCCCGCCAACAGUCCCCCCGCCAACAGUCCCCCCGCCAACAGUCCCCCCGCCAACAGUCCCCCCGCCAACAGUCCCCCCGCCAACAGUCCACCCGCCAACAGUGCACCCGCCAACAGUGCACCCGCCAACAGUGCACCCGCCAACAGUGCACCCGCCAACAGUGCACCUGCCAACAGUGCACCCGCCAACAGUGCACCCGCCAACAGUGCACCCGCCAACAGUGCACCCGCCAACAGUGCACCCGCCAACAGUGCACCCGCCAACAGUGCACCCGCCACCAGUGCACCCGCCACCAGUGCACCCGCCAACAGUGCACCCGCUAACAGUGCACCCGCUAACAGUCCACCCGCAAUUUCCGCUUUUAAUUUGCGCAGUGGAAUGUGUCGUUCUUGA